AUGAGAUUUAAGGUUUUCUCAAGAGUUUGGGCAACAUAUCAAAGACAUCUUUCCACAAACCCUUGGAGAACUCAAACGCUAACAACAGGUAUGAUAAUUUUGCGUUAUUUCUUUUAUAUCGCAGAAUUCGCUUCUAUGAUGCAAUCGAUUGUUUUAAUCCGGUCAAGCUUGUUGUAAACAACAGUGAACUGAAUUAAUCCUUUUCAUUCUCUUCAGAACACGUACAAUUCAUUAUUUCCUUGCUACAAUUUGUGACAACGUUACUGCAGCCUUAUUUAUAGAGUGAUUGUCACUUUUAGCGUGCCAAACGAAAAUUUAUUUAAAUUCAAGCCAAUUCUGCCCGGAUGCUUCGUUUUUGUCGCCUGAGGCAUAACCGGGAAAAAAAUGCAAACCUUGAAUAACGAAUAAAUAAAAUACAAACGGCAGGUAAUUCUACUCGGUAUUUCGAAAUCAAAUCGAAACUUCAAGGUUCCCUCCCUGGGCAACCCCCAGGAAUUUGAAAUUUUAAAAAAUUCCUCACUCCCGGCCUGGCGCACGCUACUGGUGUACACGGCUAAGAAUCUCACAUCGUUUGGCUCUUAUGAACUUAUUAAAACUCAGAUCGCAUCGAUAUUUGGCAAGAAGUUAAAGUUUAUAAACAGCUUUUCAUUCAAUAUUUUUUUUCUGGCUGUAAGACCAAAAUAAAAUUGAAAUAUGAAAAGUAUGGCUCAAAAUGGGACCAUUUUUUAACAGCUCGCGUAACAUUUACAGUCUAACCACGCAUAUUGUGGGAUUUCUCUGUUUCUGUUAAUGGUACUUUGGAAAAAUUUCUCCGAAGAGGUCAGUGACUUAUGAGUACUAACUGUAUUAAAAAUUACUGAACAUAAUGGCAAAACAACAAAGUUAAGGGCGUUUUCAGAAAGAUGUUCUGUCUACAUACGAUCUCUGUGCAGCGCGAACGUCAAUUUAAAAGAUUGCUUUUCAUUGACUUUCUGUUGUUGUUAAGAAAAGAAAUAAUAAUUUUUGGAAUGCUCAUAAGUUAAACCUUCCUUAUAGACUAACUGUUAAGACUUCGGGAAACCCAUUUUUACGCUAAGAUCAAAUAUGUAAGGUUAGACAGCAUUUUUUUAACGUGAAAAUUCGUAAACCGUGCGUUGGACCGAAAAUCAGAUUCUAGAGUGUGCUUUGGCAUAAAGAUUUUGUGCCUAAAAUGUGCCUAAGAUGUGCAUAAAGUGUGCAUUUUAGUUUUGAAAAACGUGCCUAAGCCGUGCCUAAGUUGUGCCCAAACUGUGCCUAAUCUGUGCACAAGUUGUGCCAAAAUAUUGAGUCACUCGGAAAAUCGUGUCCAGCCUAUCGAGCUCCACAGCGAACGAAAAGAGCGCACGGCAAUUAUGUCAGUUUUGAGGUUUACGAAGUCUAGAAACACGGUCUGACGACCUUUUUAUCCCCUAAUAAGAAAUAACAUGACUCAGAAUACGGUUAGAGACAGCAGGGAAAGCCCCGACAAACAGGAAAAUGGAAUCUUAAACAGGUUAGCGUAUUUAAAGUAAGUACUCAGCUCAAUUACAUUGUUGAUAUGCUAAUUCCAUCGAUGUUAAAACAUUUCCGAGUAGGUUUCUUCUCCCCUUCUUAACGGAGCGUUUAGUUGGAACGAAAUAUUUGUUUUUUUCAGGAGGGCAGAUUUGCAUUCAAAAAAAGAAUUUACUUGUGAUAUGACUUAUAAAAUGAAAACGAAAAAAUUGAUUGCACGCCGAUGAGUUUUGAAGCAAAAUAAAUGGCACGUCUCAUCGAUUAUUAUACGAUCAAAGCUUAAUUUGCUAACAGAGCCAGAAAACAAAAACAAACAAGCAGCUUGAAUUAUUUUACUACUAAGUGUAAAUCCUACUUUUUAGUUAGAGAAAUAUUUUAAAAAGCAGCCGCAUUUUGUAUUUAAAAAACAACGCGCGUUGGCAUGAAGGUUUCAAAUUACCACUUUGUACUUUUCAUGUUGUUAUGCAAAUUCAGGCCAAUUUUACCACGAUCGCAAAAAGUACUUUCUACGACUUUUAUUGGCUAUUUUUGUGCCUUACUUCUUUAGCUUUGUUUUUGUUAUUAUGGCUUCGACUUUCUUUCACGAUUUCUUUUAGAAACGAAAGAAAGCGAGUCUAUAAAAUUGCAUGGCAAUGGAAAAGGUUCAGACCGCAUCUAUCGCGUGUGAAUUUCCUCUUUAUCCUCGGAGUAAACACGGACUGUCGAAGAAUACUUCAAUUUUCCAGACUUUCGGCGCGGCUCAAAACUUACGCUUCCUAUACUUCUAACUGUAUCGUGUUUGAUCUGAAUUAUUUUUGUAAUUCGUACCAAGUUUGUUCUUUUUUGCAAGUCGGGUUACAAAGAUUUUCAAAAAAGUGCCCAGCAUUGAAUAUUUGUGCCUAAACCGUGCCAAAACUGUGCCCAAACUGUGCCUAAAAUGUGCCUUAGCAAUAUUUAAAACGUGCCUUAACUGUGCCUAAAGUGUGCCUAAUCUGUGCCUUUGCAUGUUUUUUUCCCGUGCUUUGGCACAAAAACCGUGCCUUUUCUUGAGCGCGAAUCGUGCAUAAGGCACGGUGUUACGCUCGUGUACACCAGUAGCGUGCGCCAAGCCUCCCGCGAUCCCCGAGCCAAACUGGGGCCAUUCAAAUGCCGCUUUAUAGGUCCAUUUAGGUGAUCAAAAGCCCCCACUCCAGGGAAACUAAGAUCAGUAAUAAGUAACAAUGUAGAUUUCUAAUUUAGUGUGGGAAAAGUGCAGGCAAGCAACGAUGUAGUACUUGUAUAAGGCAGCCUUCUGGGUCUCAUUGGCAUACCCUCACCCAAAAAUUUACCCAGUGUACCCUGGGGGAGGUAUGUUAGGAUUGUUUGGGUUGGGAUGGCCGCUGGGAUCCCGGAACACUUAGCCUAUAUCAGACCUAGCUGGGCUGAAUUUUGCUACAAUAAACUAGACUUAUUUAAUUAACUUCCAAAACCUCUCCCUAUACUAGAGUAGUAUUUUUCCAGAAAAUACCGAGGUCAACACUUUCUUUGUUAUUAAACUGAGCUGGCGGUAAAUUAAAAUUUGCCAAUUGAUCGGUUUCCUUGAAAAUGAUAACCUAUUCUAGACACAAACUCUGUGAUUUCUUAACCCUAUUUCAGACUAAGUUGCUUGAAAACCAUACCCUUCACUGUGGCACAUACCUGUAUAUCCCAUAAUAUUAUAUAACAGUAUUCCCCUUUCCAGGGAGUGUACCCCCUCCUCUCCCCCAGAACUAUUCCCUAAGCUGCACCUUUGAAGACAUGUUAGAAUUUUUCCUGUUGCCUUGUUUCAGCCAUGUUGUUUGUUGUCAGUGAUACCUUGACUCAACAACUAGUUGAAAAAAAAAGAUGGAACCACGAUGGCAGAAGAACUCUGCGGAUGGGAAUUAUGGGCAUAAUUGUUGGACCAAUUCAAAGGACGUGGUUUCUUACACUGGAACGCUUUAUACCCCCUACAUCCAAGAUACAGAUUGUCAAGAAAUUAAUUGUAGACCAAACAAUAUAUGGGCCAUUUAUUAUAUUCUUCUUUUAUUCACUUUCUGGGAUUUUGGCUGGAAAAGAACUCCGUGAAGUUAAACUAUUGUUGCAAGAGAGAUAUAUAAAGACUAUGCUAACUGGGUACAAGAUCUGGCCUUUGGUGCAGGCAGUGAAUUUUUCGGUAGUACCUCUUCAGCACCGAGCCAAUUUUGUUCAAUUAGUUUCUCUUUGUUGGAAUAUGUACCUGUCCUGGAUGGCAAACAAAUCAAUAGGUAGUGAUGUGGAACUUCAAACUCAUGCUGAAUUAGUACCCAGUCAACAAGCCAAAAACAUUUAA